AUGACGAUUGGUACACUUCCCAUUUGGUCGAAAACUUUUUCUUAUGCAAUCAGGUCCUUAUGCUUGUUGCAUAUAAUACAUUUGUAUGCAUAUGAGUUUACGGAGACGAGAGGAGAAUCGAUGUUGCCAACACUAUCAGCGACCAAUGAUUAUGUGCAUGUCUUGAAGAAUUUCCAAAAUGGUAAAGGCAUAAAAAUGGGUGAUUGCAUAGUGGCAUUGAAACCUACUGACCCUAAUCACAGAAUUUGCAAAAGGAUUACCGGUAUGGCUGGCGAUCUGGUGCUUGUGGACCCCAGUACGAUAGUUAAUUACGUUGGUGACGUGCUAGUCGAUGAAGAGAGGUUUGGUACGUAUAUUAAAGUCCCUGAAGGUCACGUUUGGGUAACAGGGGAUAAUUUAUCACAUUCAUUAGAUUCAAGAACAUACAAUGCAUUACCCAUGGGUCUGAUCAUGGGUAAGAUUGUAGCUGCUAAUAAUUUCGACAAGCCGUUUUGGGAUGGUUCGAGACACAAUAUUUGGGGUUUCAAAUGGAUCAAUAAUACAUUUGUAGAUGUACAGGCUAAGAGCAAUUGA